UAUUUUUAUUUUUUUUUUGAGACAGUCUCACCCUGUGGCUGAGGCUGGAGUUCAGUGGCAUGAUCUUGGCUCACUGCAACCUCCAUCUCCCGGGUUCAAGCAAUUCUCAUGUCUCAGCCUCCUGAGUAGCUGAGAUUACAGGUGUGCGCCACAAUGCCCAGCUAAUUUUUGUAUUUUUAGUAGAGAUGGGGUUUCACCAUGUUGGCUAGGCUGGUCUUGAACUCCUGACCUCAGGUGAUCCUCCUGCCUUGGCCUCCCAAAGUGCUGGGAUUACAGGCUUGAGCCACUGUGCCCGGCCCACUGAGAAGAAUUUAAAUUAUGGAAUGGAUGACAAAACCUUGACUGUGAAUAAGCUCUUGAAAAUGCAUCAGAUCACUGAAGUGAAGUGAACAAAUGUUCCAACAGAAGUGUGAGGAAGAAUAUCACACAGACAUUUCCUUAUUUACCAUGAGCGAAGUUCUCAAAAGUCAGAGAGUUGUCUAGUCCAGUCCUUUCCAUUAGAGAGGAGGUCUCUCAGUAUACUAAGUAUUUCAACAAAAGUAAAUAUAUAUAUGAGAAAGACUUGGGCAGUAAAGAAAAAAAAAGAUUUUUAUUUUCUAAUUAUUCUUUGUUAGUAAGGGCCCUAAAUCUAGAAGUGUAUAUGCUGGAACACACUAGACCGUGAUACAAGAACAAUCAAGGACAAAACAAAAAGGAAGUUAGAAUAAACUGAUUAUUCCCCGACUCACACUGUGAGGGGUUAUAACUAGUUCCUUAGUGACCAAUCUCAGCAAGGCAGUCAUUCAAGAAACCUGUGAGUCACUCUUGACAUUCCGUCUUUUUCCUACACCAUAGCCAAAUCCUAUAGGUUCUACUUCCAAGAUUAAAAACAAAUGCACUUUUUUGUAUCACCCCUGUAACCAUCUCAGUCUAACCCUCCAUCAUCUCUUGCCUGAACCGGCCUUCCAUUGCUCUCCCGUUUUCCACUACUCUAUGUUUUCCCCGCCCACCAAGGUAACCAUUAUGCUAACUUUGAGCCUCUUAGUUCUUCUGUUUUUGUAGUUUAUAGAAAUGGACUUAUGCCACGUGUAUUUUUGUUGUCUUUUUAUGCUGGGCAUUAGAUUUCCGCAGUUGAUUCACGUUGUUGCCCGUAAUUGCAGAUGCUUUUUUGCGUUGCAGUAUAGUGUUUCAUUAUAUGAACCCUGUGUAAUUUCAUUCAUUUAUUCUAUUGUUGAUGGUCUUUUGGGUUAUUCUCAUUAAGGAAUUAUUACAAUAAAUGCAGCUACGAACAUUCUGAUACCUGCCUGUCGGCGCACCCUAAGUAUUCGUUUCUCUUUGCUCUAUAUGGAGGCGUGGAACUGCGGGGCCAUAGGGUAUGCACCUUUUGCAGACAGUCCCAAACUGUUUUUCAAAGGAGUUGUUCCAGUUUACAUUCCAGCAGCAGAGUAGAAGAAUGCAGUUACUCUACAUCCUGGCCAACACUUGGUAUUUUCCAUCUUUUUUUCUAUUCUAUUUUAUUUUGAAAUAUAAAAACAACUGAAGCAAAGUUGAGAUUGCUUUUGCGGAACCUUUUCGUUUUUGGUUCGCUUCUCUGAAUAAUUAACCAUCUCAGGCUUCUAUUUUGUCCAGCCAAAUCCUGCAGGCUGUGUGAGUGCGUUUUCGACUUUGCUCGGCAUUUUUUUGCUCACUCGGCCACUUAAGAUGUCAUCUGGUCAAGAAAAUAAGGUAUGUGUCCGAAGCGGGGCAAGCCCUUUGAGGACUCUGGAAGUGUGAUAACUCUGUAGGAGAAACUCACGCGGACCGUCAUUGGCCGAUUUCUCUUUUCUAGAGUUCACGGUCUAGGAGAUCCUGCUCGCCUCUGGUCUCCCCACUGCCCUCCCGGGGUCUCUUGGAGGCGUCUGGAAAGCAGAGCGGCUGCCAGCCACCCGCCAGAACAGGGGCGGGGCAGGGCCGCGGGUCCGCACAGAGCAUGCGCAGACGAAGCACGGCGCAUGCUCCGCAGCGCGGCGGGUCCACAGAAGAGGGGAGUCGAGACUCCCGCGCCCCACCACCCCCGGCGGAGCUGCUGCUGAGCCACUCAAUCUGAGCCCUGGCUACUAAUAAAGUUCGUUUAAAAAUCAUAAUCAUUCUUAAGAGAGCGAAACAGGGUGCGAACUAGCCGCUCGGCCCCGCAGGGAGAGCUGGCGCGUCGGGAGGAGGCAGCGGCGGCAGCGGUUGCGCCGCGACCAGGAGGAGCCGGUGGCGCCAGGCGGCGGGUCCGCGGCCGGCGGGGAACGAUUUGAGAGGGAAGAUCUGCUCUCCUGGAAUUAGAGUUGGUACAGAAACCAUUUCAGCUCUAAAAAUGUUGGAGGAAGAUAUGGAAGUCGCCAUAAAGAUGGUGGUUGUAGGGAAUGGAGCAGUUGGAAAAUCAAGUAUGAUUCAGCGAUAUUGCAAAGGCAUUUUUACAAAAGACUACAAGAAAACCAUUGGAGUUGAUUUUUUGGAGCGACAAAUUCAAGUUAAUGAUGAAGAUGUCAGACUAAUGUUAUGGGACACUGCAGGUCAGGAGGAAUUUGAUGCAAUUACAAAGGCCUACUAUCGAGGAGCCCAGGCUUGUGUGCUCGUGUUCUCUACCACAGAUAGGGAAUCUUUUGAAGCAGUUUCCAGUUGGAGAGAGAAAGUAGUAGCCGAAGUGGGAGAUAUACCAACUGUACUUGUGCAAAACAAGAUUGAUCUCCUGGAUGAUUCUUGUAUAAAGAAUGAGGAAGCUGAGGCACUGGCAAAAAGGUUAAAGUUAAGAUUCUACAGAACAUCAGUGAAAGAAGAUCUAAAUGUGAAUGAAGUUUUUAAGUAUUUGGCUGAAAAAUACCUUCAGAAACUCAAACAACAAAUAGCUGAGGAUCCAGAACUAACGCAUUCAAGUAGUAACAAAAUUGGUGUCUUUAAUACAUCUGGUGGAAGUCACUCAGGUCAGAAUUCAAGUACCCUCAAUGGUGGAGAUGUCAUCAAUCUUAGACCCAACAAACAAAGGACCAAGAAAAACAGAAAUCCUUUUAGCAGCUGUAGCAUACCCUAAGAUGUUUUGGGAGGAAAACAAUUGAAUUACAUUGUGCAAUUCAUUAAGAAACCCAUCCAGCUGUCACGGUUAUGUUACAAGGUUUUCAGCAGACUUUGCACCUAAUGGCUCUCUGAAAGUGACAGACUUAAAUAUUGCUCUGCAGUGCUUUUCAGAAUGUAGAGUGAGACCUCUGGUGGAAAAAUUAUUGCCCUGUGGACUCCUUUAAUUUUUUUUACAUUAGACGAAGCUUCUCCUGUUUUUAAAGGAAUACUAUAAGAAAUUUCAAACACAGGUGUUGCUGAAUUUUAAAUGCUGGAAAACAUAAAUGAAAUGCCUAAAUAUAUUGUUACAGAUUUUAAUACUGUGGAUCAAGGAAAGAUAGCAAGCAUUCUUUUCCUGAAAUUGGUCAUGUAGCUUUUCUGCGAAAUAGUAUUGAAUCUGAAUACUUUCACAAAAUAAUACUGAAAGGUAAACCCUAAAUCUUGCCAGACUGCAUUAGUAUUUUGGCAUUGAAACUUGUGCAAUAUCUGUGUAAUGUAGAAUGUGGGGUGUGCAUGCAGAUGUCUGGUACUGGAGUAAGCUGAAGGUAUGUGCAGUAUUUAAGAAAAUGUACAUUCUAAUUAAUUCACUUAUAAAACCAUUUACAUAUUGUGUAUAUGUUUUUAUUUUCAAAUGAGAAACUCUAGACAUAUAUUUUGCAAAAUGAGCUUGGGUUUAAAAAGUGCUUUGUGCCAAAAAUAUCAUACCUAAUUUUUAUAGUGCUUUACUAUCAGAAUUUAUAUUGUUUAUUAUAUCUUUUAAAAGCAGUAAGCAGUUUUCAUCUGACAGCGUAGAUAAAAGAGGAGUAUAGGAAUUUGAAUGCUAGAGCAUCUCCCAGGUGAGCCUUAUUGCAGAUCUUUUUGAUAUAGUCACCCAUAAGCAUGGUGAGCUCCUCCUGUCCUAAGGUCAGCCAAAGCCCCUUAAGAAGGUACACAGCACAUCUGCAAUCAUUCAGGAGGUCCUGUGAAGUGUGGUGAUGCAGCUAACAACUUUUGCUGCUCACUGAGAACCCAGCUUUGAACUUACAAGAUUAUACUAACCAUUUUUAAAGUGCACAAAAAUAUUAUUAGUCUUAACUAAAAUUACAUGUUUUAUAAUGCCCUGCAACUCUAAACCAUCCUUUUGUUUACACAUUUUUGUAUGGUAUUUUAAGAUUAUCACUUCAACAUUUCUAUAACCUUCAGUUUGUAUAGCACUUUCUCAAGAGCUGUCAGUCCCACCUACAAAAUCAUUUCUUUUACAAGAUGAUUUAAUAUGUAAUCAUGUGUCAGAACAUAAAUUUUGUCACUUGGGACAAUAGCUUUCCAGCUAAGAUAAUUGUGUCAACUCUGUUAAAACUGAUUAUCACUCAUCAAUGGCUUUAUUUUUAACCUGUAAAUAACCCCUUUCAAUAUACCUGGUUUUUACAGCAUUGCAAAAUCUGUAAAAAUAACUUUUAUUGGAAAAUGUGUCAUGAAGUCAUUUUUCAUUAUUUGUACUAAACAAUAUUUUAUGUACUCCUUUCGUGUUUUAUCUUUUGUUUUUUAAGUCUUCCAUCUGUACUCCCCUCAUCCUCCUAGUGUUGAGAAAAUCAAAUUUCCUGGGUGUGUCCUUGUUAAGUGAUCAAAAGUAAAUGUUCUCUUUGCCAUUUUAGAUUGAAAAAUAAUUAAAAAAUUAUUAAAAAGAGGAAAUUUUCGCUUUUCAUCAUAUUGAAAUGAUCUGGCAUUAUCUAUUUCACAGUAAUGUAAAAUGUUUAUUUUUAUGUCACCAGUUGUCACCACUCCCAUUGCUGAUAGUGACAUAGGUUUUGGGGGCAAAACUCAGUUCCUAACAGUGGGUACUGCUAAUGAGUCAUCUUUUCUACUCUCUUCAAAUAGUCUCUUUAAUUUUUGCACAAAAUAAUAUUUUGCAGCAAAUAGUCUUUUGUCUUUAUUGGCAGAAAAAUCACUUGUUAUAUGUGUUCUAGUUUUUUCAUAUUAGCUGUGUGGCUAAAUGUGUGUUACCUUUCUAUAUUAAAAAAAGUAAUCUGAGGAUAGUUACAGUUCCUGUAAUAUAAUUUUAUGUACCUAGUUUUAUCUUUUUUUAAAUAAGAACUGAAGAGAGAUCUUUGUUACAUAUUUGAAUUUUUAAUUUGCACUGCUGUAUUUUAAACCUAACCAUAAUUAGUCAUUUAAAAUAAUUAAGUAGGCCUGAAAGUCAGCCAUGUUAAUUUCUCAAUUUAAUCAAUUCUUAAAGCCUUCAAAAAUUGACAUUUUUUUCCCUCUAAGACCCUUCAUUCUCUUAAAUAACUUUAAUUUUAUGAAACCAUGUAUACUAAAGAAAAACUUUUCCAAGAUUCCAGGUGAUUGUGCAUUUGUGCUCUAAUCUACUUUUUUAACAUUAUGGCUAAUCUUUUUGCAUAGACAUAUCGCUGUGGAAUAAUUGCCAUAUUUCAGAGUUCCUCAGGUUUCCUUUUCCAGUCUCUGUCUAUGAAUUAAAUAGUAUACAGAAUAACCCAUAUAAGGCAAUAUAGUUAAAUAAAACCAGGUUAAAUGAUUUCCUUUGUAUCUGCCCAAAGUUGAUGAUAGCACACAUGUACUUUUUCAAAAUAAAGCUAAAACUACCAAAAAGAUGAAAACUUUCCUCAUUAUGGAGUGAAGUUUUAGGUGGUUGCUUUAGAAGUUGGCAGUGCAGUGCUCAGAAAGAACUCUCAAUAACAUGUACUCCUUGGACCUGUGAGUUUUAGGAAACUGGACCUUUUCUGAAGACCUUAGAAUAGGGAGUUGGCCUUAGGACCUAAUGUCCCAACUUAGUGUUGGACCCUUUUAAUAUAAGAUAUUGUUAAUUAAUUAUUAGCAUACUUUUCAAAACCUUUGAAAUAGUUACUGCUAACCUGAUAAAAUGUUCCCAUUAAUCUAUCAUUAGUCUGUUUCUCUGAAAACAAAAUGAACUGAUGAGGUGAAAGCUUGUUCCACAUGGCACCUACCUAAUGAACAGGAAUUACUCAGUUUUAACUGUUAAGAAUGUCACGUGUACUAUUGUCACUCCUUAGGUUUUCAGCUAUAAAACAUGUAAGUCUAUCAUCAUACAGAUGAAUUCAUUUGCUAACAAAAUAUUUAAAACCCGCAGUAGACUCUGAAAUAUCCAGUCAUCAAACUCCUGGCUUAACUGGAUGAUUGGGCUAUAAUAAUCUUUAUUAUUAUUAUUUUCAUCUCUCUCUCGAAAUAUCUACAGUAGGAUGUUUGUUAGUAAAUGGUCUUUUAAAAACAAAAAAUUGGGGAUAAAAGGAAAACUCAAUUCCUUCUAUAUUUUUAUUACUAAUAAAUAAUGCUUUUGUAAAUUUGAAUGGAAAACCACUUGUAUGUAUUGCUAUUUGGUUGCAGUUAUACUCUGGAGCUUAAUUUAAAACAAACACUGCUCAAUAAAAAUUUCAUGAAGGAUGAAUUCCAAUAAUCAAAAAAUAAAUGCAUUUCAAAGCUAAAA